AUGAAGAUCCUUGACCCCCAAGCUGCAGUCCUCAGCAACGUUGAGGUACUGGCCUACCUGACAGCCAACCCACCCCGCCGCCCUCCAAGUCGUCCUCCAAACGCGCGACAAUGGGUACCAAGUCCAGAUCUAAGAGACCACAAUACAGUCGUUAAAGAGUUCCACAACUACGUAACCCGCAUCUCCCCCCACCUCCUCAAAUACCCCCGCUACACCGACCGCCCCAGCUCCUCCCACUCCCAAACCCAAGCAGCCAUGACGCGAACCAUGCGCGCAAACGCCCCAACCGCCGACCCCGAGCCCACCUCCCUCCCCCACCCCUCCCAAACCGAACCAACACCCAUGGACCGCGCAAUCCGCGACCUAGUACUUAAACUCCGACCCUACGGCCUGACGAAAGCCGAGGUCCUGACUAUCAUUAAUCUGGGCAUUGGGUUGUCAGCGGGUGAAUCGGAGGACCAGGUUGGUGAGGCGAAUGGUCAGGGUGUUAUGGAUCUGGAUGAGGUUCCUGCUGUGAAUGGGGAGGGGGAGGGGAGGAAGGGAGGAGGGGGAGGGGGAGGAGGGGAGGCUGAUUAUGGAGCGUUGGCGCUGUUUGAUGCUGUUAUUGAGGAGCGGGAGUAUCGGAUUUCGAAUGAGGAUCUUGUUGCUAUUUUGGGGAUUAUUCGGGAGACGUUGACGGAACAUUAUAGGGGGUGA